CUAGAAUACCCUAUACAGUGUGUAUUGCACUUUAUUUUGCCUUGAGCAGCAUCACGAGAAUUGUGUGGAGUGGAGAGGACACUUGGGGACACCAGGAGCCUGAAUCCCGGCGCCAAAUUCUCUUCCAGUACAUGUACCUACCUGACUCAGGUAAUGAUACCUUACUGUACCUUCUACCAUGACCACCACGACAGAACUCGCCGAGCGGUGGCUCACACAGGACAAAGAUGCAGAAACGAGGUCGCAAAUUGAAGACCUCCUGCGCAAGAAUGACUCCGCCGAACUCGAACUGCGGCUGCGGAACCGGAUCGCGUUCGGCACUGCGGGCUUGAGAGCCUCGAUGAAGGCGGGCUUCGCGCAUAUGAACUCUCUGACUGUGCUGACGGCCUCCCACGGCUUGGCCGACUAUGUCCUGCAGCAACACAAGCACACGACUCCUGUCGAUCAGCUCGCCAUCGCUGUGGGAUUCGACGCACGCUACAACUCCGAGAAGUUUGCACGCUUGGCUGCGGCGUCGUUUCUCCAGAAAGGCCUGAAAGUGUUGUGGUUUGAGCAGAUAUGCCACACACCCAUGAUCCCCUUCGCCGUCAGCCACUACCAGGCCGCGGCUGGCGUCAUGGUCACCGCAAGCCACAAUCCCAAGAAUGAUAAUGGCUACAAGGUCUACUGGUCGAAUGGAAGCCAGAUCAUCCCACCUCAUGAUGCUGGCAUUGCCAAGGCGAUCGAUGAGGUGAAGGAGAUUCUGACCUGGGAUACGACCCUGGUUGAUGGACACGAACGCGUGCAGAACGUCUUCUCAGAAGCAUCCAAGUUAUACCUGGAUCGAGUUCGCGAAUUGGUCUGGCCCCUGCCUUCUGUCGAGCAAGCCAUGCCCUUCACCUAUACCCCCAUGCACGGCGUCGGCUUGACGAUGAUGAAGCAAAUCGCGUAUAUGCUGUGGUUUCGAGGCCACUUCAUGCGAGAAGUUGCUCAACAAGCACAACCCGAUCCCGAAUUCAGCACGGUCCCAUUCCCGAAUCCCGAGGAGAAAGGUGCGCUCAAUCUGGCCAUCCAGGAAGCGAACAAGAACAACACCGACAUCAUCAUCGCCAACGAUCCCGACGCGGAUCGGUUCUCUGUUGCACAACGGAUUGCCAAGGGACAAUACCACCAGUUCACCGGUAACCAGAUUGGCAUUUUGUUCGCUUCCUUUGUGUUUGAAACAUACACUGGCGACAAGACUAAGCUCGCCAUGCUUGCCUCCACCGUCUCGUCGAGAAUGCUCGCUAGCAUGGCCGCCAAAGAAGGCUUUCACUUCCAAGACACUCUAACCGGUUUCAAAUGGCUCGGCAACGUCGCCCAAGACCUACAGAAACAAGGCUUCGACCCCGCUUUCGCCUUCGAAGAGGCCAUUGGAUUCAUGUUCCCCACCGUAGUCUGGGACAAAGACGGCAUCGCCGCUGCAGCAGUCUUUCUCACCGCCUGGCAGAGAUGGAAAAAGCAAGGCAUGACACCCUGGCAAAAGCUCCAGCAACUCUACCAAACCUACGGCUACUUCGAAGACGCCAACACCUAUCUCAUCUCACCCGCACCCGAAAUCACCAAUCGCGCUUUCGAGAACAUCCGCACUUCCCACGCCGGCUCUCGCCCCGUGCAGCUCGGCACGCGCACCAUUCUGCGCUGGCGGGACUUGACGGUCGGAUAUGACAGCGGCACGUCCAAUCACCAACCCGUGUUGCCCGUGGAUGCGAGUGCGCAGAUGAUUACGUGUGAGCUAGAGCAGGUAGUGUUUACCGUGCGAGGCUCAGGGACAGAGCCCAAGAUCAAAUUAUAUAUUGAAGGCCAGGCCGAAACGUCGGAGGAGGCGAAGAAGCUGGCGCAGGAGGUUUUGCAGGAUUUGUUGCGGGAGUGGUUUCAGCCUGAUGUGUAUGGAUUGAAAUUGGCUGGGAGCUGAUUCUAGAGGAAGAGUAUAGAUGUAGGUAGGUAUAGGAUGUAUUUGCCUUUGGAAUACUACAUUACCUACCUACUACCAUAUUGGC